AUGGUUUUUGAAAGUGUUAAUCAAGCCAAGCCAUUUUAUAGGCAAUAUGUAAUAUCUAAGGGUUUUGGAAUUCGAACAACGAGUUCAAGGAAGAACAACAAGAACAAAUUAUGUUACUUCAUGAUGGUGUGUUCUAAGGCUAGAAAAUAUGUCGCCUCCAAUCAGAAUGAAAUUAUUGGACGUCCAACACUGGCUAAUGAUUGUGCAGCUCAAAUGAUUGUAUCAAAAAGAGAUGAGAAGUGGUACAUUUUAGCAUUUGAUGAUGUACAUACUCAUGAUAUUAGUCCAACAAAGUCAAGAUUGUUCCAAGGAGGUUAUGAGAACAUGGAGUUUGUCGAACAAGAUGUUAGAAAUUAUGUCGCCAAACAAAGAAGAGCAUUAUCAAAAGAUGGUGAUGUCAAGGCACUCUUAAACCACUUUUCUUCCAUGAGAGAAUUCAAUAAGGAUUUCUUUUUCGAUAUUGAUGUUGAUGACGACAACCACAUACUGAAUGUGUUUUGGGCUGAUGCACGAAGUAGGACAGCUUAUAAUUCAUCAUAUUACAAGGUGACGAAGGACUCCAUUCGUAAUGAAAUAAGGGAAGAGAGGGUAGCAACUGUGCAAUCCCCUGGGUUCAUGUCACUGCUUGCAUCAUUACACAAUGACAUGCAAAACACGCAAUCGUCCACAACUAACAUCAACAAUGUUUUGGGAUAA